UUCGUUGUGCUCCCCUACCGUAUCUAAACCAAAAUCAAAACCCUGAAAGGAUUCUAUCGGAUCGAUUGCUCAUUCACAAGGAAAUAAAUUGAGGUGGGUGGGGAUUGCAAUGGCAUCAACACUUGUGUUCAUGGCGAUCUUUGCCAUUGAUUUCAUUGCUUUUGUCCUUGCCCUUGCAGCUGAACAUAUGAGAAGUACUGCCAAGGCUGCUACUGACAGUGACUCAAUCUAUAGCUACUGCGUCUACAGCGCAGACAUUGCAACAAAGUUGGGAGCUAUUGCAUUUGUUUUACUCUUGGCAAGUCAAGUUUUCUCAAUGGGUGCUAGCUCCUACUUUCGAAAGGGUAUGAACUAUGGAGGUAGUAGGACAUCUGCUGUCAUCCCAUCCAUAAUAAGCUGGAUUACAUUCUUCAUUGCUGAGGCAUGCUUACUGGGUGGUGCAAUCAAGAAUGCUCAACACACCAAAUACAGGACCAUAUCAGGCACUGAUGGGCUUCAUUGCCAGACCUUAAGCGCGGGAGUUUUUGAGGCAGGAGCAGCCUUCAUAUUGAUCACCAGCAUAGUUUCCAAGAUGAGCUAUGUCUGCUUUUUCAGCACCGAUGGAGGAUUUGAGACAGGCAGUGGCAGCAGCUGUGAAUUGGGAACCUACACUUCACUUAAUCAAGGUGAUCAACAUAAUUAAACCCUGACUGGUGUAAAUUGUUGAGGAAUGCAGAACACCAAAUGAGAAACUCUAUUAGCAACAUCGAUUCCUGAUAUUGUGCAAUGCUAUUAAUGUUCUUAGAAAUUAUAGUCCUUCUGAUCAUUGUAGUCUUUUGUAACUAUAAAUACAUAAUAGAAUGCAGACGACUUCAUUAUAAAUCUAACCUCUUUAUUCAA